AGACGAAGUAAAGAGGGAGUUUUGGGAUGCCUUGGAUGGGGUGGUUGUUGGUUUUCCACUGACUGAGAAAGUCAUCAUUGGAGGCGACUUCAAUGGCCAUAUUGGAGAAUCAGCCGAGGGCUUCGAGGACGUGCACGGUGGUUUUGGCUUUGGCAGCAGAACCAGCGGGAGUUUCACUCUUGGAGUUUGUCAGAGCGAGUGAUAUGGUGGUUGCUAACUCUUGUUUCCCUAAACGAGACGACCAUUUGGCUACAUUUGUUAGUGGAGUGGGGACAACACAGAUCGACUAUCUUCUCCUGCGCAGGUGUGAUCGGGUGCUCUACAAGGAUGCUAAAGUAAUUCCGAGUGAAAACAUCACUACCCAACACAAGCUUCUGGUGAUGGAUGUCAUGAUUAAGUGGGUGAAACAUAGGAGAGCUUCGAGUGGCAACACACAAAUCCGGUGGAGGAGACUAAGUGGGGAGAAUAUCUCUGAGUUGAUCAGGCGAGUGCAGGAGAAAGGUGCGUGGGAAUCGGCCGGAGAGGCUACUAAUAUGUGGGCGCGGAUUGCUAACUGCAUCAGGGAAACAGCCAGGGAAGUGUUAGGUGUGAGCUCUGGCUCUGGGAGUAGGCGUCAGGGUGAUUGGUGGUGGAGCAAAUCAGUCAGAAGUAAGGUGGAAGCUAAGAAGGUAGCAUAUUUGAGGUACAUGGGCUGCAAUGUUGAGGAGGAAAGAGCGGCGUUACAAGUGGAGUACAAGAAGGCACGUAAAGAAGCUAAGUUAGAGGUUACGAGGGCAAAGAAUGCCGUUUUUGAACGCCUCUACAAGGAUAUUGAGGAGAAAGGCAGUGUUAAUCCACUGUUCCGGCUUGCUAAGGUGCGUGAGAGGAAGGCCCGAGAUCUGGACCACGUGAGAUGUGUGAAGGGCAGCAAUGGUAGAGUGUUAGUUGAGACUGCCAAGUGGGAGAGCUUGGGACCAGAUGAGAUUCGAGUGGAGUUUUGGAAGCAUGCGGGUCGUGGUGCGUGGGUUUGGUUAACCAAACUCUUCAAUGUUAUCCUCCGGACAGCAAGGAUGCCUGAUGAGUGGAGGGAGAGUCUCUUGGUCCCUCUGUUUAAAGGCAAAGGUGACAUUCAGAGCUGCGAGAAUUACAGAGGCAUCAAACUGCUUAGCCACACCAUGAAGGUUUGGGAGCGAGUCGUUGAGUAUAGGGUGCAGAAAGGGGUAUGCAUCUCUGAGAACCAGUUUGGUUUCAUGCCUGGCAGAUCGACUACAGAGGCCAUUCAUCUCGUGAGGAGGUUAAUAGAAGAGUAUAGGGCUAGGAAGAAAGACCUUCAUAUGGUGUUUAUUGACCUUGAGAAGGCGUACGAUAGGGUGCCGAGGGAGGUGUUAUGGAGGUGCCUUGAGACGAGAGGAGUUCCCAUCGUGUACACUCGCGCGAUCAAGGAUAUGUACGAUGGGGCUAUGACCAGGGUAAGGACUUCCGGAGGCGACUCUGAGUCAUUCUCGGUAGGGAUGGGGUUGCACCAGGAUAGGUUUCGAUAUCUUGGCUCGGUAAUCCAAGCUGAUGGGGAGCUAGACGGGGAUGCUGGACAUCGUGUUGGAGUGGCUUGGGCUAAAUGGCGGUUAGCUUCAGGGGUGUUGUGUGAUCCGAAAAUUUCGCCCAGGAUGAAAGGUAAGUUCUACCGAUCCGUAGUCAGACCUGCUAUGUUAUAUGGGGCAGAGUGUUGGGCGGUUAAGAAAACUCAUGUGUGUCGUCUGCAUGCGGCGGAGAUGCGGAUGUUACGAUGGAUGUGUGGGAAGACAAGGUUGGAUAGGAUUUCGAACGAAGUUAUCCGACGUCAGGUAGGCUUGGCGCCGGUGGAAGAUAAGUUGCGGGAAGCGAGGUUGAGAUGGUUUGGUCGUGUGAGACGGCGGGAUGCUGACGCCCCUGUACGGAGAUGCGAGAGGAUUACAGUUAUCGAGGGAAGUAGGGGAAGGGGUAGACCUAGGAAGAAUUGAAAGGAGGUUGAGCCGGAAGUCUCUUGGAAACAGCCUCCCUACUCCUGAGUAGGGGCAAGGUCUGCGUACACACACCCUCCCCAGACCCUACUGUAGUGGGAU